UUCGUUAGAUGAGAGAAUGCUGCUUAUAUCAGUAUGCUGCGUGGGUGCUUGUUAUGACAAUAUUAUUUUACAACAUCCGGUGUAAAAGUUGAAGUAAAGCGGAAGACAAAAACCUCUCUUUAUUCUGACUGGUUUUGAACAACAGAGAGUACGAAGUUCAUUAUCAACAACAGAUUAUUUAUCCAUUCUACAAAAGUAUUUGUACAAAACCCAACAGGUUUAUAACAACUGAUUAGCGUGAUCCAAACUUAAUCAAACGGAAAUUGAAAUGGGAAACAUUGUUUGGAACUUGUGCUGCAUUAUCCUCCUGGUUGCAACAAUUCAGCCACAACCCGCUAUGACGCUUUACGAAGACCUCAGCAGCCUAUGUUUGCUCCACAUAAAAUCCGAACAUUUUAAAACUCUGAUACCAAACAUAUCUUACAGAGCGACACCUUACCCAUAUGCGACAAAAGACACCAAUAUAACAUUGGAAUGUACCGGCUCGGUCAAGAUUAACUCCCCAAACCAAGGAUAUAUGACAAGGGUGGAAUUUCGUAAGAACAAUAAUGACAUACACAAAUGUGAAGUUGAAGAAGUACUUCGUUAUAAAACUCUCUCCUGCAGUGUUACAGUCACUGGGGUUACCAAAGACGAUAAAUUCAUGUGUCUUCUUACUGCAAGUAAAGCGCCAUGUAACGCAGCUCGAUUGAGCUUUCGCAUUGAAAAUAGACUUCCCAAGCCAAAUAACAUUUAUCUUGAGAAGAUCACUCCGAAAGAAGCAGUGCUUAGAUGGGAAAAGAUUUCUGCGAACGCAACAAUCUAUGGUGUUUUGUUGGGAUACAAAUUGACGCUAUUUGGAAUGAAAAGUGAAGAAAACAUCACUUUAGCAAAUGAUACUAAUUACGUUGUGUUGACUAACUUAAAUCCAAAAUCAAAUUAUACCCUCUCGGUACGUGGUUUUACAAAAUAUGGUGAUGGAUAUACGCUACUCUACAACUUUGUAUCACUAGAUCGACUUCGAAGGCCAAAUAAUAUUCACCUUGCAAAGAUCACCUCCAAAGAAGCAGUGAUUAGAUGGGAAAAGAUUUCUUCAAAACCAAAAAUAAACGGCGUUUUACUGGGAUACAAGCUGAUUCUAACCAGCCGAAAAAGAAAAUUAAGUUUCAUAUCAGCAAAUGAUACCAACCACGUCGUGUUUCCUGACUUAGCUCCAAAAUCAAAUUAUACCCUUUCAAUACGUGGGUUCACACAGUAUAGUGAUGGUUAUGCUGUAUUGUACAACUUUUCAUCAUUAGAUGUGAUUCCCGCGCCAAAAAAUAUUCAGGUUGUUAUCUUGUCCAAAACUUCAGUUGGCAUCCAGUGGUUUCUCGUGCAACAACGUGAGGAAAAAUACGAUAAAAUCUUUGGUUACAGAGUAAAUGUGAGAAACGCAACACAUUCUUUUCAAAUCGACACUUUAAGUGUAACCUAUUCUGUGGUUCUGAGGCGUCUCUCACCCGAUGCAAAUUAUAGUGUAUCAGUUUUCGGCUUUGGUAAUGGAACAAAAGGAAUUUCAAGUAAAUGGAUACAUUUUAAAAUAAAUG